UUCGCGUUUAGAAUGCAAAUAUUUUAGUUAAACUAAAUUUGGCAUAAUUAUAUUUUAGUCGUCUAGCAACCAUGACAGUUUUUGGUGCCAUCUAUCGGGAUUUUCGGGAGAUACGAUGUAAACAAGAAGCAUGGCGUCGAACACAACGGCAGCGGCAGGCUUUUUGACUCUGCCUUGUUCUUCUUUUUAUGCAAGAAAAAGCCAUGAAAAGACGGGAGAAUCAGCUGGAAGGCUUUUGGAGCGGAUUGCGAAUGGAGACGUGUCUGAUGUAGGGGAGAGCGACGAAGAAGAUGACACCUUUGAAACCAAUGCGUGCCAAACGCCGGAGCAAGCUUACGACGUGGAGAAUGAAGAAGCUGCGGUGGAGGAUGCAAACGAAGACGAGGAGAGCACUCCUGAUGUCCCGUGCACAAGCGUGAUAUGGAAGAAAAAAAGGUACACACCACCUCAAGACACCGGCUUUUCUGCGCGAGGAGACUUUGAUGUGACAGCGGAUGAGACGAGCACACCACUCACUUAUUUCUCGAGAUAUGUUCCCCAGUCUGUAUUCAAGGGCAUCACAGAAGCGACAAAUGAGUACAGCGUGCUAACGUCACACACCAAUGUAAACACAAGUCCAGACGAGGUUCGGAAGCUUGUUGGAAUGCACGUGCUGAUGAGCGUGAUAUCGCUUCCCCGAGUGAGACUGUAUUGGGACAAUACAGCCAAAGUUCCGCUUAUCUCAGAAACAAUGACCCCAAAGAGGUUUUUCAAGUUGAGGAAUAACCUUCAUAUUGCUGUCAGUGAGCCUUCUGAUUGCCAGGACAAGCUGUGGAAGGUGCGCCCUUUCUUGGACAGCAUCAGGGCGCGCUGCUUGGACCUACAACUCGAGGAAGAAGUUUCAGUGGACGAACAAAUGAUCCCGUUCAAGGGGAAGCUUUCGAUCAAGCAGUAUAUGAGGGGGAAACCAACACCUUGGGGAGUCAAAGUUUUUGCCCUUUGUGGGAGAAGCGGACAGCUCUAUGACUUUGUCAUUUAUCAAGGCCAGAACUCGAUAAGUGACGAUUUGAAAAAGGCGUUUGGCCUCUGCUCGGGUGUCGUGCUCCACCUAGCACAACGGAUCCCAUUGGGGUGCAAUUAUCAAUUGUACUUCGACAAUUAUUUCACUUCAAUACCCCUUCUUCGACGUCUCAAGAAAGACGGCAUUCUAGCUGCUGGUACGGUACGGACGAACAGGCUGGCGAAGUGCCCCAUUUCAGGUACUAAGGCAAUGAAGAAGAGUCCGAGGGGGUAUUCAGAGGAAUGUGUUACUCAAGACGACAUUGUCGCUGUCUCCUGGAAGGACAACAACUGCGUUACCAUUGCCUCGAAUUUUGUUGGCAUAGGAGAACAAAAAGAGGUCAUCAGGUGGGACAAGGAGAAGAAGCAGCACAUCUUGGUCAAGCAACCAGAAGUGAUCAAGAAGUAUAACCAGUCAAUGGGUGGAGUGGACAAGCUCGAUUUUCUCUUGAGCUUAUACCGGAUUAAAAUCCGAUCGAGGAAGUGGACACUUCGGGUCCUAUUUCAUUUUGUUGACAUUGCCAUCUGUAACGCGUGGCUCGAAUACUUGCGAGACAACGAAGGCAUCCCCAGGACGAAGCUGAUGGACCUCAUGCACUUUCGCCUCCAAGUUGCAGAAGGACUAAUUAAGGCCGUCCCAAAUGCAAGAAAACGAGGACGACCGUCUCUAGAAAACCUGGGCCUACAGGCAGCCGAGGCCACCAAAGUGCUAAAGAAGCCAAGGAUGUCUCGUCCAUGCGCUGACAGCCGGUAUGAUUGUGUGGACCAUUGGCCAGAAGCCAGGAAUCAGGCAGAGCCUUCACGUUGCAAACUCGAAAACUGCAAAGGAAGGUCGAGAAUUUUCUGUAAGAAAUGCGCUGUCCCACUCUGUCUCACAAAGGAACGCAAUUGCUUCUUCAGGUUCCACGUGUGAAAAGUGCAACCAUUUGAGUGCUUUGUACACAAUUGUGUACAAACUUGUAAAAAAUAAAGUUUGGCAUUUGUAUGCAAAAUUCCAUUGUUUCUGUGACUUUUGAGCAUAUUUCUUUUAGUUUAAGUGCAAAAACAAUUUUUA